AAAGUUGGAUCUGUAGAGUGUAGUGUGAUGCAAUUAUUUCAAAGCGUGAACUGGAGGCGUGUUGUAUCGUGUAUUUUUUAAAGUGAGACUUUGUAUGUUGUUUUUCGUGAAUUGUGCUGGAAUUUACUGAUAUUCUAGAUUAUUAUAUGUUGCAUAAAUUUAACUGUCGGUUUUAUUUAGAAGACACUUAUUUGGCUAAAGAAUUCUUGCCUUGCAGGCAUAUUUAACUCUACAAUAUUUUAAUUCUGUCAAAAAAGUGAAGGUUGGUGGAGACACAGUGACAUAAUAAACCCAAAUAUAGAAGCCUAUAUCAGGUUUAAAGUAGUUUAUAGCCCUGUUAAAGGCCAUACAUAUCUACAAAAUGCCGGAAUUGAAUGGGACUCAUUUGAAUGGAAGCAAAUACUCGUACGAGGAUGUAAGCCGUAUCGCCAAGUCAGUUCUAGACCGGGUGAAAUGUCGGCCCCAUAUCGGCAUCAUUUGCGGGUCUGGUCUUGGAGGCCUUGCCAACAUGCUGGAAGACAAGGAGGUCAUCUUGUAUGAGGACAUAGAGGGCUUCCCAGUCAGCACAGGACACAUCAACCUCGAACACACGUGGAAGCCAGUUCCAGGUCAUGCGGGUCAGCUGGUAUUCGGGUGGCUGCACGGAAAACAGGUGGUGCUAAUGAAGGGCCGUGCACACCUCUAUGAGGGCUACGAUGUACACAAGAUUAUUCUACCGGUGCGGGUGAUGAAGCUGAUGGGUGUGAAGAUGCUGUUUGUGACAAACGCAUCCGGCGGCAUCAAUCCGGACUACAAUGUAGGGGACAUCAUGAUCAUUAAGGACCACUUCAACAUGCCAGGCUUUGCGGCUGUCAACCCGCUGGUCGGACCCAACGAUGACAGAUUUGGACCAAGAUUUCCGCCUGCCUCCCAAUGCUACAGUCUAAGAUUGCGCAAGAUCGUGCGCUCUAUUGGUGAGAAGCUGGGGAUGAGUGGUUACCUGCGCGAGGGAGUCUACUGCUUCCUGGGCGGACCCUCUUUUGAGACGGUCACAGAGUGCAGGUUCCUGAAAGUGGCAGGAGUUGACGCUACAGGUAUGAGCACCGUUCCUGAGGUCCUGGUGGCUGGCCACUGCGGAAUCGAGGUGUGCGGCAUCUCGCUGGUGACCAACAAGUGCGUAAUGGAGUACGACUCCAAGCAGGUGGCCAAUCACGAGGAGGUCCUGGAGACGGGAGAGAAACGCGCGCACGACAUGCAGAAGCUUAUCAGCGCCGUGGUCGGCGAGCUUUAAGAGUUGAUUGUGUGGGUGUAUGGGAUGUAGGCGAAGAAAGAUCUAAGCUGUGAACAUAGUCUCUGCUUAAACCCUUUACCACUUAGAUACGUCUUUUAACACAUUUGCAGUCCCGAAAAAAGAUAAAUUUAUUUAAAGACCUUUCUUACUAGAUUCAAGUUUUAAAGGCUUCAUUUUCAACCCAAAGAUAUUGAUGUGCAGCAAACAGCAUAAAACCUGAACAGACUGCGAGUUACUCGCAGGCUGUUCUGGUUUUAUGCUGUUUGCACAUAACAACUUUCACUUAGGCUUUGAUUGGAAAAGAUUUAAAUGAUGAACUGUGUUCUGGGAAAACUGGCUUUGAUGUAUGAGCUUAUAGUGUCAUCCCAAAUAAGCCUGGGCAGUUUGCACAUGCUUAUCAGGGAUUACACUUUCCGCUUUUAUGAAAUUUUAAUGGAAUUUUUGUUACAAAAAUCCAGUCUAGACGGAAAGUGUCGUCCCAGUUUUGCCUGUGUUGACUGCACAGGCUUAUCUGGGACCACACUUUAUGCACAUGCAUUCAAAAAGGAGCUCUCAAAUAUUGAUCAAUGAGAAUGCUUGUUAGUUUUUAGGCUUUAUUUCCAUUAGUUAAUUAUAUAUAUGAGACUAACAUAGAAUAUAGGAACUUCUGAAGUUGUGGGGCAAUUUAUCAUUCAUUCAGGUCUUUAUCAAACCCGUGGGAUUCUUAUUUUGGUAUUGGAAUAGAUCUUUGUUCCCCAUUUCUGUUGCAAAAAAGUUAGUUGACUGCAUGGUUUGUUUUUUUCUGUUGGAUAUAUAUAUAUAUAUAUAUGUUUAUUUCCUGUAUAUUUUUUCUACUUACUUUAUAAAUUUGCAAUUCUAUCUCUUGAUAGCUUGUUUUCCUUUACAGUAUGUGUGUGUCUGUAAUGAAGUAUUAUUCAGGAACAUGCUUGUUCUGUAUGGGUUAGGUAACUAUAUUUGAAUGUCUUGUCUAGGUUGGUUAACCCAUUUAUGCCUAGUGGACUCUCCCAUCCUUCUAAAUUGGAUCAAUUUAUUUCCAAAAUUUAUUUCUAUAUUUAGAAUAUUUCUUACAGAAAUUCCUUUAAGCAAACAGCGCAGACCCAGAUGAGACGCUGCAUCAUGCGGCGUCUCAUCUGGGUCUACGCUGUUUGCCAAGGCCUUUUUCUAUACGCUAGGCAUAAAAGGGUUAAAGACAUGUAUAGCAUUUUAUACAUUUGUUAAGUUUUGUCAUCUUUAUUAUCUAAAGUUUGCAAUUGUAGCUAUCAAUAUACAGAACAGCUUUUAGGGUUUACAAUUGUUUUCUUGAAAUUGCUUUUAUCUAAGUCUUGUUACCGGUGUUUUGCUUAUCACAUUUUUGUUUAGAAUAAUGCAUAUUGACUUAAUUGUAAUAUACUCACUUUUCAUUUUCGGAAAAUGGUUAUGGCAAGAAAAUGCUGUGGUAUUUAUCAGGGCUUUUGUUUUUCUGAAUGUAGGGAUGUUAUGAGUCAUAUUCCCAAUGGGAAAAACAUUUCUCUCGAAUCCAGUCAACAACUUCCCAAUUUAUGGUAGGACUGUUUGAUGCAUAGAAAUAGAGAUUAUUAGUUUAGAAAUGAAGAGGUGUAAUCUCCAUUAUACUGACUUAUGUAUGUUUGUAAUUUUUUGUUUUAUGUAAGUUUAAUCACUAAUUAUUGAAAAUAUAUAAAUCUAACACAUUAAAUUUUGCACACUUGAAACAGCAAAUUGAUUCUUACAUUCGAAAUUUCACAAGUGUGAGUUAUUUUCCCAAAAUUGUGGGAAAACCCUGUAUAUGAAUGAUCGAUAUAGUGAUGUUGGGGAAUCCAUGUUAUCAUGUUGUGGCAUUAAGACACUUUGCUCCUUAUAUUUAGUUUUCAUGUUGUUACAUAUCAACUCUUCCAUUUGGAAUGAGCUUUUUGUUGUUGUGCAAAUUGGGCUCAAGUAUACAGUGGAUUCUUACAUUGAAGUAUGAAUGAUGCAUUACCAUUCCCCAAAAAUCUCAAACUAAAUUUAUUCUUUUCAAUGUUUAUUGCGUUGUCUAUUAAUGCCACAAUUACCAAUUUUGCUCAUUUGUAAUACUCCAUUUUAUAUAGAGUAUUUUUUUCAAAUUCCCAUACAUUUUACUUUUUUUUUUAUUUCUAGAAAUGAUGUUAAGUUUCUGUUUGUUGUGGCUUUUUUUACAUAUCUUUAACACGAGUCUUCAUGGUCACUUUUAUAAUUUACAUCCAUUGAUACUGGAGGGAUAUAGAAAAGUUAGGAAUGCUUGCAAAUAAUUUAUAUGCUGUUUGACAUGUUAUUGUCAUAGUUUUUGACAAUGUCUGCAAAGCUGGAAUCAAAUGUGUCUUGUUCUGUGAAAGCUCGUCAUAAUGGAUGUGCGUAAAGUGUCGUCCCAGAUUAGCCUGUGCAGUCCGCACAGGCUAAUCAGGGACGACACUUUCCGCUUUAAUGGUAUUUUCCGUUUAAAGGAAGUCCCUUUUUACCAAAAAAUCUAGUUUAAGCGGAAAGUGUCGUCCCUGAUUAGCCUGUGCGGACUGCACAGGCUAAUCUGGGACGACACUUUAUGCACAUGCAUUAUGACAAGUUUUCUCAGAACAAGACACAAAUGAUAAUGUAUUCUCUUUUUCAUUUAUGCACUGACUGGUAAAAACUUUUGUUCAAAUGCAUUUAUGAGUUACAUAUGAUUGUUUAGAUAUACAUGUAAACUGAAGUCUAGCUUUUUAUGCAUGUGUAUUAACAUCAUCAAUAUACCAUGUGCAUGUUAAAUAUACAUGUAUUCCAGAGCAAGAGAAAAGGCCUGUGAAAAAAUUGUGUGAACACCUAAUUGUAUAACACCAUUUCUCAAUUCUUACUUAUUCAAAGUGUCAGAUCUAUUACUCAGUUGUAUCUGUACAUGUUUGUACUGGCAGCAAUCUUUUUUUACAAAAGAAUCUUAUGUUUAGAAAUAGGUUUAUACAAUGGUGAAUAACUUUGGUACUACCUCUAGGAAGCAGGUAAAAGAUGCGGGUUGUUUUGACAUUUAUAUGAGUUUUUAUGUCAACCCUACCGCGAAAAAUUUUCAUUGGUCAUUUGUUGACUGCUUUAGACCUCUUUAGCUUUUAUUUGUCAUCUCAUUUAUGAAGUAGUCUUCAUUUUUUGUGCCAUCCUAUAUUGGCGAAGUACUUUAAUAAGGAUAUAGCUUAAAUCAUUGCAUCUGACAAACUAGUGUUUCUGCGAUAGAGAUGAAAUUAUUUUUGUAUCGAUUGACUCACAACACCUUUGGCUGUACCAUGUGUCUUAAUCCAAAAAAAAUCUUUGAUUUUAGAGAGUACCUUACUAUUGUUUUAAUGAUCCCUGUAAAUUUGAAAAUCUUAAUCUGGGGUUUAAAUAAGAACAGUACACUAAUUGACAAUUACUUUUAAUUAAACCCAGUUUUUUUAUGUUUCACGUUAUAUUUUGUUCGAUGCAGUUAUUUUGAGAAAUUGGUUGAAAAAAAAAAGAACAAAAGUGACCCAAUUUAGGUAUUUUGCCUGUAUAUCUACUUAGAAAUAUGUAUGUCUAUACAUAUUCUGUUUUUUUUGUGAGAUUUGUGUGUGUUGCAGUGUUUUCUGAUACACAUGUACAUAUGAGGGUUGUCCGAAAACUGUAUGGAAGAAAUAUACAUGUAUAAGCGGUAUACAAUAAACUCUUUUUGUUGAAA